AUGUCAGGCCACAGUCGACCUCACCGAUGCCUCUCGAAUGAUGUUAAAAAGUUAUUAAAUAAAUUCAUUUUUAUUUCCAUUAAUCAGUCAAAAUCUAAUGCAGAUUCACAUACACGUCGAUGUAAAUGCCGAGGGACAUGUCAAGCACGGUUUAGUUGUAGACGUUCUGGUCGUCCGUGUGUCCCAUUGCGUUGUUACUGCGUUUCAGGUCUAUGCAAAAAUCGUUCAGAUUCAUCAUCGCAAAACAGUCAAAUAGUCAGUUCAGUCGAAAAUCCUGCAACUGUUAUGGGACCACCAUCUGGAUUUCCCGUUAUAUUACGUCCCAAACGUAAAACUCGUGCAUUAUAA